UGCAUUUUAAUAGCUGCGAGGAAGAGCGUAUCCGUUUUAAACCAUUUCAGCCUUAUUGAAGAAAAUAGUAAUUUAGCUUGUUUAGAAUUCUCGACAUGAAGUCUCAGAGAAGUCAGAUUGGAAAGGACUUCGGGUAGCAGCAACAAGGCAUUAUGUGUAUCCAUAUAGCGCCAUAAUAGUAUAGACUACAAGAUUGGGAUCGCAAAUACAGUAUAAGACUGGCCCGUACACUAAUAAUGACUUGCCAUGAGUCUUGCCCGAUUUUAGGCCUUUUUGCAGCAACCAUCGGUGUUGUAGCCUCUGCAGCAGUGAUCACUAUUUGUAGUAUCAAUAUAGUGUACCCUUACAUGAUGACAAGAGAGUUCCAUUCAGCCGAAUGCCUUGUGGAGUCCGUCGAAAUACUUAAUGUUACCAGAAAGUGCCGAUGUGGGUACGAAGGAGGACAAUGCGAUGUGAUUCACUCCUUGUGCGUGGUUGCUAAUGUGCGGUUCAAAUCGGACUUGCAGACCAGACACGGUACGCUCUUUGAGAGUGACCAGAGCUUGGCGUUUGAUGAUCAGUGUUCUUACCCGACAUGCUGGUCUUACAAAAAUUACUACGCAAGCAACGAAUCAUAUGACGUAAGCGGCGGAUUUGAAGACUUCUUAUACACCUACGAAUUUGGGGCUAGUGUGGACUGCUUCGUCGACAGUGAAUCCGAUGACCAUGACAGCCGUGUAGUUGGGGUUAAACACGUCAGCAGAAAUGACGUUAUUCACUCAUUAGCGUGGCCUUUAAGUGUAUUUUUUCUCGGUAUCAUCUGUUCAAUUUGUAGUUUCAAACAAUUGAACACUUGAGAAGAAAUUAAAACAUUGGCUUUAUAGAUAGAUAGAUUUAAACAUUUGUAUAGCGCCGGUUAAAACAAGGUUUGUUUCUUGUACAGCACUUUAAACCAAAUGCAAACAAAAAGGGUUGAAAUAUUAUUGUAACGUUACGGUACUGAAUGAUCGUUGAAGAUAUUAACUGAAUUAAGGAAGGGGCGGAUCCAGCCCGGUAAGAAAGGGGUGGCGUGAAUAUGCGAGCUGAGUGACAGUCUUAUGAAGAACCCCCGGUAUGGGUGCAAUGAGUUAAACCCCCAGCACCUUCAUAAAUUUGAGUUUGUAUUUGACUGAUUUUUACUAUGUAGCAUAGCAAGCAUAACUUUCUGAAAAGCUUGAAAAUAAAAAAUAUUUUUACAAAAAAUAAAGGAGUCGUACGCCCCUUACUCCCCCUCUAAAUCCGGCACUGUAUGGUGAAUAGGCAAGGGAAAAGAGAAUAAUUGUAACAGGUGGAAGUGAGUUCCAAAAUUUAGGUGCAAGAAAAGAAAAUGAGCGUUGUUUGUUUUAAAAUGGUAAAAACAAGAAAACGAUCAGCGGGACGUGCGGCUGGAAUGAGUAAGCGUGAUGUUAGAAACAAAGUAGUCAUGGGCAAAACCUUAAAUGGACAUAGACCAAUAUUUUUCUGAUGGCGAAGAUGAUUAAUAGAAGUGGUUGUGUAAAACAAUCCGCUCAAUCUUAUAUUAGACGAUUUGUAGGCCUACAUUUACAUAUAUUACACAGGAGAGGUACCACCUGGUACCGGUACUACACGCUGGUUUGUCGGUAUCUGCACGCUAGUUUUGUUUUUCACUCAAGACAUAAAAUGAAUGAAAAAAUACAUUUGAAGAACCGCAACGGAUUUUAUUAUUUAAUUAUUUGAUCGAUCGGUUUAUUGAUUGAUUGAUUGGUUGCUUGCUUGGUCCAUUGAUUGAUUGGUUGGUGGAUUUGUGUAUUGACUACUGUAAAUGCUUUUAAUUAUUUUACUGUAUUUUAAUAGCGAGUUGAUUCGAUUCUGUGAGGUCUUCCGUGUGUGAUAACUUUAAUAGGCAUAUCUAAAAUACACUACUGUAUAAAUGAUUUUUUUAAAUGGUGAACAACUGAGUGAUGUAAAGCAUUCAAGAAAUCAGGGACACGGAAAUACCGGUAGUAUUCAUAUUUUUAAUAUAUAAAAACACUUCAUAUAAAAGUAAUAAAACGGAGACGCAUUAUUACAAA